AUGGAAAGAAUUGUCGAAGAAUUGCCUUAUGCAUCCGUCGUAGACAGACCUUUCAUAGAUGCAUACUGCGCAAGAUGUGUAGAGCGUAUUUCGGAUGACUCUGAGAGGUGAAUUCACUUUUUUUUUUUGAAUAUUCUCAUUCAAGGUAUUUUCUCAUUUGGUAGAUCGAAAAUUUGGCUUUUUUUCCUUUCCUCAGAAGUGUGUUCUCACGUAACAGAAAAGCCGUUUCAUGAAUGCAAUAAAGGACUUUCAGUUUUUCCUGCGAUUAUUGCUCUGAAGUGAAAUACUGUAAAGCAAGCUGUCAAAGAAAAGAUUGGAACGACGUUCACGCUGUGCGUAAAACUUUAAAUUUGUUUCAUGUAACUUUUUUAGUUUGAAGGUGGAAUGUGCUGUUCUGCGUAGUUCGCAAAGUGAACGGAAGUCGCUUUCUUCAACUACACGACUGGCUCUGCGCGUAAUCUUCCAAUUAUACGGGCCGUCUUCCUCAAAGUCCUAUGUGGCAUUCAAUGGGUCAACGAUAGAAAAGCUAGAAACAAGUAUGUUUAUAUUUAUUGCAAGUUAUAGGGGAAAACUUUCAUGUUCAUAUAUCGAAUCUAUGAACAUAAAUUUCAUGAAUGAUUCACGAUUUUGUUGAUGAAUCAGUUCAUCUUGUUGAAGACUAUGACGCAAUUCGUUCAAAUACGGAGUACAACCACUUUCUCGUGGACAUAAUGGCAAUAAUCAAAAGCUGCUGUCACUCCUUGUCUCAAAAUGAGGAUAUGUGCAGCACAAAGCUUGAAGCGGUCAGCAAAACACAGAUUUCUUCAAUCGUCUGCGCGGUGAGAAGCGACUGGAAACUAAAAAUAAAACUAGAAAUGGCCCAGGUACUGGCGAACGCAUUCAGCAUCGUCGAUGAGCUGAAGGGCGAAUCGGUCGGAUUGGGUCUCUAUGUGGGGUAAGAAUUGAUAUUUUUCCUCGACUCUGUUAGUAGGCUAUCUAAGCACAACCACGCGUGCGCCUCCGAUGCGCACGUCGUCUUCGAUGGAAGACGUGCUCUUCUGAUGGCUCCCGUCGGCACUUCUUACAUUCAGCAGGUUUUUUGUUAGAGGCUUACUGAUACCAAUAAAUCUCUAGCUCACGAUCUCUUAUGUCUCGAGGAUGCUGCCGACUUUCGAACGACAAAAGAACAUUUCUCGGGUCCACUUCUUUGUCUGUAAAUGUCAGCUAUGUCAAGACGAUCAGAAGGUUUUUUAGCUCUACAGUUAUUUGAGCGGGAAAGAUUCAGGAGGCACGGGCUUCAGCUUGUCCCUGCUCUGACGAAAAAUGCGACGGUUUUUGCCCCGUUUCAUCUGUUUUCAUUUCAAACCAAUACAAAUGCGUCAAAUGUGGCGCCCUUCCCAAGUUUCAUCACGCAGAGGCCAGUUUUUUUCUGUGAUUGAUCAUUUCGAGAAAUAGUGACGUAUCGGUAUCAUUCUUCAACCUCUGCGAACACGAGAAUCAUUGUUUCAAAAAAAAAAGUUAGGCCAAAGAUUCUUCUUUUUAUUUCGUAGCCUAGAUCAAUCAAAAUGGACUAGAAGAAAUUUCUGAAAAAUGAUUUUGUCUUCAUUUUUACGGUCACGUUUUAAAAAACAGCAAGAAAAAGCUACCAUCGAAACUGCUUUUUUUGCUCUUAUGCUCUUCAAAACUGCAAAAAAAGAUAGCAAAAAACAAGGGUCUCGAAGUGAAUUCGGUAUACGGUAUUUUUGUCGCAAAAAAAAGUGACAAGCUGGCGCGGAAUGGGCUAUAUCUCCUUCAACCGUUUUUAGGGAGUAGACCUUUUUUGACUCUGUUUCAACUUUAUUUAAAAAGAAAUAUGAAAAAAACAUUGGAAAGAGCUUAUAACUUUAUACGUUAUAGGUUCACCAAUUCAUGGUAAAUUUGCUCGGAGAAAUGGAGCGGUUAGAGAAAUUAGGCCUUUUCUCCCAAGAAAGUGAGUUUAUUUAUUUAAAUAAUAAUUUAUAGAUCUCAUCAGACAACUCGAUGUUGUUUUCAAGUCUUCGGGAACUCCGGGACAGAUAUAAGAAGGUACCCAAAAAGCAAUUUAAAUCUCCAAAACGAAGACUUGAAGUUCCUCGCGUCGUGCAACAUCGGAAUGCUGCUGCUGAACGAACAAAUCGCCUCGAGCGCAGCGCGACUCCCGCCAAAUUCUAUAACUCCGGAAGAGUUGGUCGGAAUCGGCUUGAGCGACUGCGACGAGUACAUGUUAGUCUUCGUACGCUGUUUCUAAUGCCGUGUUUCUUUUUUUUCAGAGAAAGACUCGGCAUCGGAUAUCCGGAGACAACUCGUCGACUAUAUAUAGCCUGCGUGUGUGUGAAUCGGGCAGCACGCUCUUCCCAAUACCCUGAGAUAUUCCAAAAAGUCGCUUUGAAAUUGUGUCAAAAUUACAUUUUCCCGUUUCAGGCCUUCGAGUCAAGUCUGGUGAGCCAUGGAGAAACACAUCCACUGACAAAAGAAAUAAGGAAAUUGUCAUCUUCAUAA